UGACCCCCCACGCUCCCCCCAGGAUAUUCUGGACGAGUUCCCCCUUUCUGGACACCCAUGGGAUGGGGGGGCGAUUGUUCUCCUGCUGUUGCUGUUGCUGCUCCGCCCCUGUCCCUGCCCUUCCUGCCGCUGUCGGGUGAGCGGAGCGGCCACGAUGGGAAAGGGGCGAGAGAAGCAAAAAGAGCGGGAUUUGUCCUUCCCAAAGCUUGGGCAGAUGGAGGAGAAGGCUGCGAGGAAGAGGAAGAUGCCUUGGGCCCCCCAGGCAGGUGAGGAGGCAGUCAGUGUCCCUUUGGGCGGGUGUUGUGCUGGCUCUGUCAGCCGAGCAUGGCCCCGGCUGCAGGACAACCCCGCUGGCGCCGCCGUCCUGCCGGGGCCGGAGUUGGGGGGAUGUCCUUGGCCUUCCCUGUGGGCCGGAGGCAAAUCCCCUCCCUGUCCUUCUUGCUUCCUGCCCCAGGCCCCGAGCUGAGGACGGAGAGCCCGGAGGACAAAUCCCCCCGUGAGACCCUGGUGGGAGAGGCCGUUUUGAAGGGCUCCCCGGCGCAGGAAGGCAGCGGGGAGGAAAAGGGCCGGAGAUCCCCCCGCAGGAGGGGCUCCAAAGCCAGCCCAGGGUGCUCUGAGGAGGAAAGAGCCAGCCUGUGCCAGGAAGGCGGCCAGAGCUUGAGGCGGAGCUCUGAGCUGGUGGUCCCUGAGCAGCCUCCCAGCAGGGAGAAGCCCUUCAGGUGCUUGGAAUGUGGGAAGAGCUUCAGGACAAGCACUGAACUAAUCCAACACCAGCACAUCCACACUGGAGAACAUCCCUACAUGUGUGGGGAAUGUGGAAAGAGCUUCAGGCACAGCUCCAGCCUGAUCCGACACCAGCAAAUCCACACUGGGGAACGGCGCUACACAUGUGGGGAAUGUGGGAAGAGCUUCAGGGACAGCUCCGACCUGAUCCGACACCACCAUAUCCACACUGGGGAAUGGCCAUACACAUGUGGGGAAUGUGGGAAGGGCUUCAGGAAGAGCUCCUGCCUCCUCUCCCACCAGCUCAUCCACACUGGGGAGUGUCCCUACACAUGUGGGGAAUGUGGGAUGAGCUUCAAGCAGAGCUCCACCCUCUGCCGCCACCAGAUGAUCCACACUGGGGAACGGCCCUACACAUGUGGGGAGUGUGGGAAGAGCUUCAACCAUCGCUCCACCCUAUUCACCCACCGGCUCAUCCACACUGGGGAACGGCCCUACACGUGUGGGGAAUGUGGGAAGAGCUUCUACCAGAGCUCCACCCUCCACAUCCACCAGCGCAUCCACACUGGGGAACGGCCCUACAAGUGCUUGGAAUGUGGGAAGAGGUUUCACACCAGCUCACAUCUCCUUGUGCACCAGCGGACGCACACGGAUGAGAGGCCCUUCCGCUGCACCGACUGUGGGAAGGGCUUCAAGCACAACUCCACCCUUGUCAGGCACCGGCGCAUCCACACCGGGGAGAGGCCCUACAAGUGUGGAGAGUACCGCGCGGGCUUUACGGAGGCGCCGAGCCGCGCCUUCCGAUACAGCGCACUCCGACCCCCGCGCCGCCCAGCGAACCGCGGGAGCCCCCGGAGCCGCCGCUGCCGCCGCUGCGAACGCCGCGCUCACCGGAGACGGAGCCGGGACCACGCCGAGCCGUCGCCACGUGACUGA